AUGCAUCAGGGCUCCCUCUUAAGCUCCUAUCUCUUCAGUGUGAUAUUAGACGAACUGUCAGCCAGCGUACAGAAACUACCGCAGGCUUGGCUGCUUAUGUACGCUGAUGAUAUCGCACUGGUUGAUGGGACAAAGGCUCACCAGACGCGUGCACGCAUGGAGGGAGGCGUUAAGAACAGCGGGCUGAAGCUAAACGUGGCGAAAACGGAGUAUAUGGCCUGCAACAGCACAGAUCUGAAGUCUUUCCGUAUAGGCGACGACACCGUCGAGCGCACGGACAACUUCAGAUACCUCGGAUCUGUGCUUGAUGCGUCCGGGACAUCGAUCGCGACAUCAAGGUCCGUAUAUCAGCGGCCUGGGCGAAAUGGCGCGAGGUUACGGGUGUCAUUUGUGACCCCAAAAUGCCGGUCAAGCUGA